AUGUAGUGAAUAGCCUAAUUGCUGUUGAGUUCUAUUGCACGUUAGCUUCUGUGGCUUCAUCCUGUCAAAUCACUUGACAUAAGCAACUCAAUGGCCCUGUGGGAGUAGAUGUGACUGGACGGUAACCUACAGUCUGACCAACAUUUUUCUAUUCAGCAUAAAUGUUUUACUCAUUUUUUUUUUUUUCUUUAUUUGUUUCUAUUUCUGCCUUUGGUAAUUGUACCCCUGCGCCCCGCGUGUGUGUUUGCCUGCUUGCAAAGCAAAUAUUCCUCCAGGACCGUAAUAAAGUGCAUUCUCCCAUGCAUGGGUGAAAGGGUAGCUUAGAGAGACUGUGUCUUUGUGCCCUGUACUGUCUUCCAUCCUGUCAGUAGUCCACACGAGUGCUUGAGAUGAACAGACGAGUACAUGUUGGUUUGUCUUGUUUGGAUCUCCCCCUGUCACAUAAAUCAGUGUGUGCCCCUCUGUAUGAAGGGUUUGGUUUUAUGAACAGCGAAGUGAGAUCGCGCUGCCCGAGUGGCUUGAGUCCUAAAGCUGUCUGGGGCCACAUGCUAGAGGCCCAGUAACACGGGGCCACACGAACACGGGGCCACACGAACACGGGGCCACAUGCUGGAGGCCCAGUAAGGCACAGGCUGGAGGCCCAGUAAGGCACGGGCUGUUUGCCGCCCAGAGAACAGAAACGUGACCUCAGCACAAACCCUAACCCAACACAAACCGCCGGUCUGACGCUUUUUGUGUGUUUCCUGUUCUAGACCUGAUUCAGUGCACCAACGAGAUGAACGUGAACAUCCCCCAGCUGGCCGACACGCUGUUUGAGAGGACCACCAGCACCAGCUGGGUGGUCGUCUUCAAGUCUCUCAUCGCAACACAGCAACUCAUGGUCUAUGGCAACGAGAGGUUUAUUCAGUACUUGGCUUCAAGAAACACAUUAUUCAACCUCAGUAAUUUUUUGGACAAAAGUGGGUUACAAGGCUAUGACAUGUCAACCUUCAUCCGAAGGUAUAGUCGGUAUCUGAAUGAGAAGGCUGUGUCUUACCGCCAAGUCGCCUUUGACUUCACGAAAGUAAAACGAGGGGCGGAUGGUGUCAUGAGAACGAUGAACACAGAGAAACUCCUGAAGACCAUCCCCAUCAUCCAGAAUCAGAUGGAUGCUCUUCUUGAUUUCAAUGUCAAUGCCAAUGAACUCACAAAUGGGGUCAUCAAUGCUGCCUUCAUGCUUCUGUUCAAAGAUGCCAUACGACUGUUUGCUGCCUAUAAUGAAGGGAUCAUCAACCUGCUUGAGAAGUACUUUGAUAUGAAGAAGACCCAGUGUAAAGAGGGUCUUGACAUUUACAAGAAAUUCCUCACGCGAAUGACAAGAAUCUCAGAGUUUCUCAAAGUUGCUGAGCAAGUGGGGAUUGACAGAGGUGACAUACCAGAUCUCUCCCAGUUUACAGUAUGUGCCCCGAGCAGCCUCUUGGAUGCUUUAGAACAGCACUUGGCUUCCUUAGAAGGCAAGAAAGUCAAAGACUCUACAGCAGCGAGCAGAGCCAGCACCCUGUCCAAUGCGGUCUCCUCGCUGGCCAACACGGGCAUAUCCUUCACCAAAGUGGACGAGCGGGAAAAGCAGGCUGCCCUGGAAGAGGAGCAGGCUCGCUUGAAAGCUCUUAAGCGUCUCAAGGAACUCUCCAAGAUGCCCACCUCCUCUGCCACCACGGCCGCGUCUCCCGUGUCGACAGGCGGGAGCAUCAACACGGCUCCUGCCAUCGACCUCUUCUCAACCCCCAGCUCCACAAACAGCACUUCAAAGAUGCAGAGUGACCUCCUGGACCUGCAGCCAACAUUUCAGCCAACGCUGCCUCUCUCCACAGGCUUGCCUGUAGCAAACACCUGGGGAGAUCCUUUCACUUCUUCUGACGCUGUCGAUGACUCCAUUCCAAACUUAAACCCUUUCCUUACAAAUCCUGUUGUCGAUGCCGUUCAUCUACCUGUUGUGGCCUCAGAUGGUGUUAGUUUUUCUUCUAGGACACCCAGUCAUGAAAUGUUUUGUGAUUAUUACAAUCCCUUUAAUGAUUCAAGCUCUUCUAUUGCAUCCAAUCAUGAGAAUCCAGCUCGGAUAGAGCCGUGUACCGCAGACUCCUUCUGUGGUUCAGCACCUUACCCUAACACUCCCCUCUUCCACUCUGAGUCCUCUGCUGUAGCUGGCCUAUUUGGAGGGUUCUCCGCGUCUCCUGCCCCUCAACCACAGACCUCACGAGGCCUUAACGUUGACUUUGACUCUGUGUUUGGCAAUAAGUCGAUCUCAGCUAACAGCGCCGAGACUGAUGGUGGAAUUCUGAAACCCACAGUAUCUGCCUCCAUCCAGGGCCUGACCCCCAGCGCUCAGCAGGCAGCCAAACUGGUGUCGGACGACCUGGACUCUUCCUUGGCCAAUCUUGUGGGCAAUCUUGGAAUUGGUAAUGGAACAGCAAAAAAUGACCUUCACUGGAGUCAGCCCGGGGAGAAGAAGUUAACAGGUGGAACAAACUGGCAACCAAAGAGUGCCCCUUCAACCACGUGGAACCCUGCUACCAUGGCACCAUCUGUCAUGGCCUUCCCUGCAACAACGCCUACAGGAAUGAUGGCAUAUGGAAUGCCUCCUCCAGCGGGCUCUGUGAAUAUGAUGACCCAGCCCACCAUGAUGUACAGCCAGCCGGUCAUGAGGCCGGCCAACCCUUUUGGCCCAGUCUCAGGCGCACAGCACUCGGCAGCCUCUAGCCCUUCCAGUCAGAGUCCCCUCAGAGCUCCAGGACAGGACCCCUUUGCACAGCUCUCUCUCAAGGAUUUCUUGUAGAGCAUCUUUAGAUGCAGUUCAUGUAACAUUUGGAGUCUGAAGAAUCUUGACUGCAGUAAAUCUUGAAAACCUUUAAAUUCAACUUUUACUUUUAUGUUUGAUUUUCUCCUGAGAAUAUCAUUUUGGAGAAGAAAAAAAAAGGCUUUUGAAGGAAAUCAAACACGGGAAGGGGGGGGGGGGGUCAUUCUUUGGAAGGCGCAGCGGACACGGCGCCUGUUUUGUAACGUGUCUAACACAGUAACAGUGUGCACUGCUGUCAUCACCCACACAGGGAGCCCUCACAAAUGCCUGUUGAGGGGUAAAGGGGUGUUUAGUGAUUCAUCAGAAGAGAGUUGGUUGCCACUCAUACAGCUUGAUGUUUUCUGGGGGGGGGGGGGGUAAAUGGGGUUUACAGGGGUGAGUUAUAUCUUCCUUCGAUCAUCAAUCAUGCAUUAUCUAAUUCAACCACCAUCAAUUAGACAAAGCUAACUUCCGUUUAUACUAUGAUUUCUAUUCUAUUUUUAUUUUUUUAUGUUUUACGUUUGCAGUAGACAUUCCUUGUGUUUUUGUUUAUUUAUUUAUGAUUACCCAUUGAGGACAUGAAAGAAAAGAAAAAAAAGACUUUAUUGAACUCCUCCUAGUGGGCGGCGUGGAGGAAUAUACGUACAUGGGUAUGAUUGAUUGUAUAAUUGGAUUUUAAGAGUGACUGAGUAAAGAAAAAUAAUAAUAAUAUAAAAAUGAAAACACCUGUAAAGACAAAUAGAGCACUAAAUAUUCUCAACCAUUCUCAUGUCUAGUGCAAUUCUUUGUAGCUCAGAAACUCACAGCCCUAUGUUUGUAAGGGAACUAGGGGGGGGGGGGGGAGAUAUACAAUGAAUUAAUAAUCCACAUAGUCAAUUCUGUGCCUAGGGUUUUUUGCAAGGGAACAUUUAUCAAAAUAGCAAAGCACUACAUUUGUGAUUCAGCGGCGUUGCAUUGGAGAGGAUCUGUAUUGCUUUUCUGCUUGGCAUGUCAUUAUUCUACAUUUACUGGACUAUGGCUGCCUUUCCCAUCCGAAUGUGCAGAGUCACCUUCAUGCUCUGGCCAUCUGUGCGGGGGGCAGCACUACGGGACUCCUUCACCGAGGGAGGGGGGGAGUGUGCAUUUCAGAUACUGGUAACACAAGGGGUGGGGUCGGUAGUAUCUUUAUAAAUUAGUUGUAGGUCCAGUGGAACAGGGUGAAGUGAAGCACUGUUGAUCGGUGCUUGGUGUAUAUAAAAUCCACCCUGUCUGUUCUGGGGGGGGUGUAAGUGAAGGAUGGUCAGAAUAUGGAGGUCAUUCUAUUCAUUGAUUAGCACAUUUGCUACAGUGUCCCUGCAGAUUCUAUUUUUGUUUAUAUAUUAAAAAUGUAUGUAAGCAAAAUUUGGUUGAUUUUCAAAUAAAGCGCAGCUUCCAUGAUGA